AUGUUUAGAGGCAGAGCACUACUAUUGAAUUCAGCAAGAGUCAGUCGUGCAGCAACUGUGAAUAUAAGACGUCAGUUCUCUAUGACCAAAACCAUAGUAUCCAACAAGAGUUGGAGAAAUAAGGCUGCUAUUGGUGCUAUUGGCGUUACUACUUUUGCCUUGAUGUGGGCAAACGCGAACAAGGUUUAUUGUGAUGUGAUAGGGGAUGAUAACCAGCGCAGAUCUGAGGGACCCAUUACAGAUAAAGAUCCUAUGAGAUUACGGAUGGAAGCAUUCAUCAAGGGACUGCAAAAUCGAAUUGUCAAUGAUAUCGAACAAUUGGACGGCAAACAAUUUACAAAAACUGUCUGGGAACGCCCUGAAGGGGGUGAGGGUAUUACUUGCGUACUUCAAGAUGGAAAUGUUUUUGAAAAGGCGGGUGUGGGAGUAUCCAUUGUAUAUGGUCAAUUGCCUAAAGCAGCUGUAGAGCAAAUGCGCCACGACCGUGGCAAGGAAAUAGACGCUGAUGGGCCUGUUCCUUUUUUCGCGGCAGGUAUCUCGUUAGUCAUACAUCCUCAUAACCCUAAUGCGCCAACUGUGCAUUUAAAUUACCGUUAUUUUGAAAUUGAAAACCCUGACGGUACACCCAAGAUGUGGUGGUUUGGUGGCGGAUCUGAUUUGACACCCGCUUAUUUGUACGACGAAGACGCUGUGCAUUUCCACCAAACGUUGAAGGAUGGUUGCGAUAAGUUUGAUAAGAAAUAUUAUAGCCAGUUCAAACAGUGGUGUGACAAAUACUUCUUCAUCAAACACAGAGGUGAAGCUCGUGGUGUGGGUGGUAUUUUCUUUGAUGAUUUGGAUGAUAAACCAGCAGAUGAAUUGUUUAAUUUCGUGAAAGAAAUGGGCAAUAGGUUCUCAGAGUCCUACAUUCCUAUUGUCAAACGAAGAAUGAACAUGAAAUAUACUAAGGAAAUGAAGGAUUGGCAGCAAAUUCGCCGUGGUAGGUACGUUGAGUUUAACCUGGUCUGGGACAGAGGAACAAAGUUUGGAUUGCAGACACCAGGCGCACGCAUUGAAGCUAUUCUAAUGUCACUACCACUUACAUCCCGCUGGGAGUACAUGAAAGAAGUAAAGGAUGGAUCUAGAGAGCAAGAUUUAGAAGAAGUGUUGAAAAAUCCGAGAGAUUGGAUCCCUCUUGAGUAA